UGUCGCUACAAAGUUGGAACAUCCGCCGAAUUAGCUUUGUUCGCCAGAGACAGAGAGAAAGAGAAAGGGAUAUGAAGCUGUUGCUUCCUAUAGCUGUAAAAUCAACACAAACAAGGCGAAGCAGCUAAUUUCUGAAAGGCUUUUUCACUUCCCAAUCACACAUCUCCAAGAAUUGAUUGAAUAUAUAACUAUCAAAGCGAUAAAAAAUCAUUCGAAUUGUUGAAUUUUUUCCACAUGACAUGGGUUUUGAGUUGAUCGGAAGAGGAAGCAAGGAGUUCCGAAGCUUUUGUAUACUCUAAUCCAGAUCACAGCUCCGAUGUCGAUAGCAGAGGGGAAUGAAAAGCCAAAAAGACUAUAUCAGGUCUGGAGAGGAAGCAAUAGAUUCUUUUGUGGGGGACGAUUGAUCUUUGGUCCAGAUGUGGCUUCCUUGAUUUUGACCAUACUCCUAGUUGCAGGCCCUGCUGUAUCCUUCUGUUUUAAAGUCUACCACACCAUUAACGUCAACAAGAAAGAUGGAAAAGACGUUGGAUACUGGUACAUCAUUCUGCUUGUAGCAGCCAUUCUCACUUUUCUGGAUAUAUUGUUUCUUUUAUUGACUUCGAGUAAAGAUCCGGGAAUAAUCCCACGAAACUCAACCCCACCGGAAUGUGAUGAAGCCUUUGAUAUGAACACCCCUUCGAUGGAAUGGCUGAAUGACAGAACUCCUCAUCUGAGAUUACCCAAAACGAAAGAAGUUGUGGUGAAUGGUCAUUCGGUUAAAGUCAAAUACUGUGACACGUGUAUGCUGUAUCGUCCUCCACGUGCCUCACAUUGCUCCAUCUGCAACAACUGUGUUCAGAAAUUUGAUCAUCAUUGUCCAUGGGUUGGUCAAUGCAUCGGACUAAGAAACUAUCGAUUCUUCUACAUGUUUAUAUCAACCUCAACAAUCUUGUGUGUAUACGUGUUUGCCUUUUCAUGGGUCCACCUCGCCCAAAAGGGCAACGUUUUGAAGGCCAUGUCAAAGGAUAUUUUGUCUGAUGUCCUCAUCGUUUACUGCUUCAUCACCAUGUGGUUUGUUGGUGGGCUUUCUGUUUUCCAUUUUUAUCUUAUUUGCUCAAACCAGACAACAUAUGAAAACUUCCGGUAUAGAUAUGAUAAGAAGGAGAAUCCGUAUCAUGAAGGAACAACAAGGAAUCUUUUACAAGUUUUUCUAUGGAAGAUUCCUCCUUCAUUGAAUGAUUUUAGGGCGAUUGUGCAUGAAGAUGAAAAUAUGGUGAUUGGGGAGACAAGUUCGGAUCUUAUACAAACAUCAAAGGAAAAGAUUGACAUUGAAAUGGGGAAUAAGUUUUCAGAAUCGAGUGGGAUUUCACUUCCUGAAAUUCUACAGAAUCUGCAGUAUGAUGAGUUUGAAAGUGACUCAAAACGAAAGGAAGGGAGUCUAGACUUGGAUCUUCACCCGUCUCCUUUUCUUUUUGAUAUGAAAGAAGAUUGCAUUAGUGAACGUGAGAAAUGUGAUGAACAAAUAAACACACAUGAAACCCAAACUGUUCAUCAACUAUAAAAAAAAAGUGAUAAUGGUAAACCGCAUUUUAUAGAUGUAAAUUUGGAGUAUGAUUGUUUUCUGUUUUCCAAGUGUUUGUCAUAUGUGAGCAAAGAUAUUGAAUACAACUUAUUUCCUUUUGUUUUCGGGCUAUUUUAUUCUGUUGUAUUUUAUUGAAUACAACAAAUUUUAUGUGGAUGUUAAAGUAAGCUCAUUAUCGUUAUUUGAAGAGUUCAC